AUGGCGCACGCAGCUCGGACUCGUUUCCCAGCACGGCCUUGGAAAAAAUCAGGACGUUUGCGUAUCCUGGGCUUAAAAAAGGAUUUAAAACAUGGUUUCGACGCCGCAUUGCCAGUUUCCGUCGCUAUCAGCAAAAACCUUCACAAGUUUCACGAACUAUUCGGAGAAGCCAGUAGCAGUGAGGAAGAACAGUUUUUGGGUUUCUGUUCUGAUGACAUCACUGUACGAAGUCCUACAAGGUGUCACUUCAGAUCCCUGCGAGUUGAAUCUCAAAGGAAGCUUCGGGGAAGACAACGAAUAUUUUCUUCACAAAGUUCAGAUGUAUUAUCAGAUUCGUCUUUCGCAUUUUCACUUUCAGACAAACCUGAAUCGAAGCUUGUUGAAAAAGAAAAGAUACAAGAAUUGAACUGCAGCAAAAGGAAGAGGGGUCGGCCUCCAGUGUUAAGUAGUCCAAAGCUUCACAUCUCGGAAGAUACCAAAGAAAUAACAAAUGGGAAAAUGGAGAAACAAAGAAAUGAAAACAAAAAAGUAGUGAAGAAGCAUGAAUUGUUGCAGUUGACAAAACUGAAGAAGCUAAGAGUAGUCAAAGUGUCACCUUUGCAAUCCAAAUUUAAGAAAGCUAAACUACAGAUUAAUAGCAUUGUGGAAAAGACUGAACGAAAGAGAGGAAGACCACCGACUUCAGAGCAAUUGAAGACUGUUUCAAAACACCUUGUUCCAGCACAAACCAAAAAACAAAAAAGCUUAUAUAAAGAGAAAGAUGGAAUACCAACACAGAAAUCACCUGUGAUAAAAGAGAUUAAGUCUAGUGUCAGACAAGUACCCCGGAAAAUAACCAAACCAGUAAGAAUUGUUCCUGUCACAAAAAGGACUGAUGCAGCUAUUGCAAAACAACUCUUGCAGAGAGCUAAAAAAGGAGCUCAGAAACGCAUGGCUUCCCCUCAACCAAAAAAUAUUCGUCAGUUUAUCAUGCCGGUUAUCAGUGCCAUUUCUUCAAGGAUAAUUAAAACGCCAAAACGAUUUAUUGAAGAUGAUAGCUAUAUGCCUCCUGUCAAAGCACCCCGCCUAGAGUCAACUGCAAGUAGUCGGUUCAGCUCAGUGUCUUGUGGGUCUAGUGAGAAAUCCAGUGCUGUUUCACAGCAUUCUUCCCAAAUCUCUUCUGGUUCUUCAAGAUCGAGCAGCCCUAGUGCUACUUCUACUGAUUCACAUAUAUCUGAUGAACUGCAGACUCUUUCUGAAGUAACAGCUCAAUCAACUAAUUUGCAGAGUUGCUUAAAUGCCUCACUGUUAAGUGAACCAGGAGGCACAGAUAAAAAUGGUCACAGAUUCACAAUGUCAGAAAAAAGCAAUACUACAACAAGCAAGAAAUUACCAACUUCUUCACCACAGCCAGCAUCCUCCUCUCCUCCACCACCUCUGCUUUCUCCUCCAACCCUGCAGCAAGCUUCAAACCUAUCUGAUCAAUCUCCCUGGCUGAUGCCUCCAAACAUACCAUUUAUUUCCCCACCAACAGGUCUGCCAGAAAAAAGGAAGUCUAUCUUAAGAGAGCCAACAUUCAAGUGGACAUCUCUCAAAAAUCGGAGGCCAGAAUCACAUCAGUACUUCUCUUCAGCAAAAUAUGCCAAAGAAGGACUUAUUCGUAAGCCAGUAUUUGAUAACUUCAUAACAUCACCCUUAACUCCGGAAGAUGUUGGCUUGUCAUCCAAGUUUCAUUCAUCUUCCAGUUCAACACAACCGCGAUUUUUUUCUUCGCUUCGUCCUACUUCUAGGUUUGAUACUCAUAAGAGAAGUCCGCUACUCCGUGCUCCACGAUUCACUCCAAGUGAAGCCCACUCCAGGAUUUUUGAGUCUGUUACUGUAGUACCAAACAAUCUGGUUCGAUCUUCAGUUUCUGCCUUGGAUAAAGGACAUUCUUUCAAAAAGAACAACAAGGAGUUGCAUAUUUCAAACCGUUUUGGGGUAAAAUCUGCAUCACAUUCCAUGAGAACCAGAAGUGGAAGACUAAUUUCUGCAGAUGUAUCACCAAUCACUCUACAAACUCCUAUAACAUCCUCGUCUCCUGUAAGCUCCAUUCUAACUGGUGCCCUAACUCCUGCUCUUGGUGUUUUGGUGCAGCCUGAAAGUGCAGGAAAAGAUUGUAGAACAAAACUCAUGGGUCAAUCAACUAGCAGCCCAGGAGAGAGCUUCUCUGCAGAUUCGACAAACCCAAAACCUCCAUUGUUUCCAUCACUAGCACCUACUACUCAAAAAGACAAAGGCAAAAGCAAGGACAAGCAAACUGGAGAUAUAUUCAAAGAAAGAGAUUUUGAGAAAGGGUCAGAGAAAGACAAAGAGAGAGAUAAGGAAAAGGAAAAUAAACGAGAAACAAGAAAGGAAAGGGAAAAGAAGUUACAGAGCAAGGGAACUGAGCCUCAAGAGAGUCCUGCAUUGUUUCUUUUCUCAGUUACAGUUGAUGAUCACCAGAUUCUUCCAAAAGAUGUAGCUGCUUCACCUUCAAUAAAAUACGUUUCACGGAGAGUCAGAAGGACAAGUUCAAUUGAUAAAGCUACAGGGGUUGUGGGGGAUGCUCUUCCCUCAACAUUGUCUGAUGGGAAGAAUAAAAAUACAAAGAAAGGUAGACCAGGAGCUGAAGAGAUGGUGCUGGUAACUGCUGGGACUGAAAGCAGUAGCGCUGCAUCCAUGGGUGGUAAAGGAAAUCCUCCUCAACAUUCUUCUGUAACUUGCACGCUCUCAUCUGGCACUCUGAAGCAUUCUGCUCCCACUAUUAGUAGCAUGCUUACACAAGCAGAUAAAAUGACAACAACUGAUAAACGAGUGGCAAAUCUUUUAAGGAAGGCUAAAGCACAGCUUUGCAAGAUUGAAAAGAACAAGUCAUUAAAGUUUGCUAGCCCAACAAAAUCUCAGGGUCAAGAAAGUGAUUCAUCAGAAACAGCAAUAUCAGGCCCUCGGAUAAAACAUGUGUGUAGGCGGGCUGCUGUUGCACUUGGUCGGAAAAGGGCAGUGUUCCCUGAUGAUAUGCCUACUCUGAGUGCCUUGCCAUGGGAGGAGCGAGAAAAGAUACUAUCUUCAAUGGGAAAUGAUGAUAAAUCAUCAGUAGCUGGAUCAGAGGAUGCUGAACCACUGAAACCAAUGAUUAAACCAGUAGCUAAGCACAAAGUUGCACAGGAGCCUAUUGUUCGAAAAGGGAGGAGGUCACGUAGGUGUGGGCAAUGCUCGGGUUGCCAAGUUCCAGAUGACUGUGGCCAGUGUACAAAUUGCUUGGAUAAGCCAAAGUUUGGUGGCCGAAAUGUGAAAAAACAAUGCUGCAAAAUUCGAAAGUGUCAAAAUCUUCAGUGGAUGCCUUCUAAAGUACCUCCUCUAAAACCAGUUAACAAAGUGAAAAAAAAGGAAAAGAAAAUAAAAAUACAAGAAAAAAAGGUUUCACCAGAAAAGCAGCACAUCGACACCGGCCAUAAGAACUCUUCACAGAGCAUUUCACAAGAUCACCUACUGAAAGUAAACCUGGUUCCUCAUCAACAGAAUGAGAAGCAGUCUGAGGAGGGCAGCUCCUUUGUACCUCCUGAAGCUCAACCACAAGCUACGUUGGUUUCACCUGUCUGCAAGCCCAGCAAACAAGUUCCACAGAAACUUGAACCCAUCAUGUCUCUGCAAUCAGGUCACAUGCAAUUAAAGAACGAAUCAACCAAUCCUAUGCUGGAUGACUCAAAGAAAAUACAGUCACUGCAAACAGAAUCAGUACUAGAGCUGAGCAAGCAGAAGAAACCCCCAGCUCGUUUUAAUGUUCAGUUAAAAACAAAGAAGCCAAAGGAAAAGGACAAUACCAUUCCUGUCACUAAGUUUGAACCCAGUACUCUGAACUUGCUCACCACGUUCACAAAUGUCUGUGGAAAACAGAAGCCAGUGGCAGAUGGAGUCCACAGGAUAAGAGUGGAUUUCAAGGAAGACUGUGAUUUGGAAAAUGUGUGGGAAAUGGGUGGACUUAGCAUCCUGACUUCUGUACCCAUCACUCCCAGGGUGGUGUGCUUCCUUUGUGCUAGCAGUGGACAUGUUGAGUUUGUUUACUGUCAGGUGUGCUGUGAACCCUUUCACCUUUUCUGCCUGGAGGAGAAUGAGCGCCCCCUGGAGGAGCAUUGGGAGAACUGGUGUUGCCAGCGCUGCAAGUUCUGCCAUGUUUGUUGCCGACAAAGUAAUUCCUCAAAGCAGCUUCUUGAGUGUGGCAAAUGCCGGAACAACUAUCAUCCAGAGUGUCUUGGACCAAACUACCCAACAAAACCAACUAAAAUAAAGAAGGUCUGGAUAUGCACCAAAUGUGUAAGAUGUAAGAGCUGUGGAGCUACAAUGCCAGGGAAGGACUGGGAUGCACAGUGGUCGCAUGAUUUUUCUUUAUGUCAUGAAUGUGCAAAGCUUUUUGAUAAAGGAAACUUCUGCCCGCUCUGUGAUAAAUGCUAUGACGAUGAUGAUUAUGAGAGCAAGAUGAUGCAGUGUGGAAAAUGUGAGCGUUGGGUUCAUGCAAAAUGUGAAAGCUUAUCAGAUGAGAUGUAUGAAAUCUUAUCAAAUCUUCCAGAAAGUGUGGCAUACACAUGCAUAAAUUGCACAGACCAACACCCUGCAGAAUGGCGCCAGGCAUUAGGCAAGGAACUGCAGAUCUCUUUAAAGCACAUCUUGACUGCAUUGCUAAACUCUAGAACGACCAGUCACUUGUUACGAUACAGGCAGGCAGCUAAACCACCUGAGUUAAAUCCAGAGACUGAAGAAGUGAUCCUUGCUAGAAGCUCACCAGAAGGCCCUGAUCCUCCAGUUCUUACAGAAGUAAACCAGCAAGAUGAACAACCUCUUGAUCUGGAAGGUGUAAAAAAGAAAAUGGAUCAGGAAAGAUACCAUUCAGUGCUACAGUUCAGUGAUGACAUUGUGAAGAUCAUCCAAACAGCAAUGAACUGUGAUGGAGGGCAGCCUGAAAACAAAAAAGCCAAUAGCAUGGUCAAGGCUUUCUUUAUACGGCAAAUGGAACGAUUCUUCCCUUGGUUUAAUGUGAAGGAGUCCAAGUUCUGGGAACCUAAUAAGAUCACCCUAAAUAAUGGAAUGCUUCCCAAUGCUGUGUUACCGCCAUCAUCUGAUCACAAUUAUGCCCAGUGGCAAGAGCGGGAUGACAGCACACAUACUGAACAACCAGCACUUACUAAGAAGAUUAUACCUGCACCACAACCAAAAGGACCAGCAGAUCCAGACUUAACAGUGCCUGUGCCUCCACCACUGCUUGCAAUAACAGCUGAUUCAGAAAGAAAUCAAGAGGAGAGCUCAGAUAUUGAUGCACCUCCAGAUGUUGAAGACAACAGACAGUGUGCACUUUGCCUAAAGUAUGGAGAUGACAACAAAAAUGAUGCUGGACGUCUUCUGUAUAUCGGCCAGAAUGAAUGGACACACAUAAACUGUGCCUUGUGGUCAGCAGAAGUUUUUGAGGAUGAUGAUGGCUCAUUGAAGAAUGUCCAUAUGGCUGUUAUCAGAGGCAAACAACUGCGCUGUGAAUGUUGCCAAAAAGCUGGAGCUACAGUUGGUUGCUGCCUUUCAUCUUGCCAGAGCAACUAUCAUUUCAUGUGUGCUCGAGCAAAAGACUGUGUCUUCCUGGAUGACAAGAAAGUAUACUGUCAGCUGCAUAAAGAUCUGGUCAAGGGAGAGACUGUGGCUGAGGAUGGAUUUGAAGUCUUAAGGAGGAUUUUUGUUGACUUUGAAGAUAUUACUUUAAGAAGGAAAUUUCUGACAGGCAUGGAGCCGGAGAGUAUCCACAUGAUGAUUGGUUCUAUGACAAUAGAUUCUUUGGGAAUACUGAAUGAUCUUUCUGACUGUGAAGCAAAACUGUUCCCAAUUGGCUAUCAGUGCUCAAGGGUAUACUGGAGCACAACUGAUGCUAGGAAGCGAUGUGUGUACACAUGUAAGAUUCUGGAACACAGACCUCCCCCUGUGGAAGCAGAAGAAAACAGCACUCUGGAGCACAAUGAGAACAGAACCGUGGCACAUAGUCCAAGCAGCCCCAUCGAAGUUGACACAACAGAGAAUCAAAACAUACAUUCAUCUGAAAUGUCAGAUCGUCACCCAAUCUCUCAUGGAUCUGGGCCAAUACAUCCUAGAUUACAGCCUGGAAGUAGGACUGAUAAAUCUAGUUUUUCCUUGUCUCGUCGAUCCACAAGCACAGGUUCAAGACCCCUUCCAUCACCAGGGAGCCCCACAACAGUGAUUCAUGAGAAAGUCACAUUUGCUGAUGCCUUACUAUCAUCAGGGAGACAGGGUACCAUUUCUAGGAGACAUAGUACAACCUCGGUAUCUCCACAACAUUCCAGGCACAGAAUGGCUUCUUCCCAAAUGGGCAUAGCAUGUAUAAGAUCAAGUGGUAAUAUCGAUACAUCUUCACUGACCUCCCUCAGUUUAUCAUUGGAUACACAUCCAGGAAGCCAAUUUGGUGAAACUUUUCAUAAAGCACUUCAGUCAGACAAACUUGGUAAUCUACUGCAAGUGCAUACAGAUCCUUCCAGCUGCCAGCAAAUUGGUGGUGCUGGUUCCAUUCCUGUACACCAUCCAGGGGAUUUCCAUACAUUUACAGAUGAUGCAUUACAGAUGAACAGGACAGAGCCACUAUGUACUGGAAGUUCUAAAGAGUGUUUUCCAAUUUUAUCUGCUAACCACUCUGCUACUGUGACCAAUCUACCUGAAAGUAUGCUAGAUGGUUUAGUGACAAUGUCAAAAUUACCACUGACAUCUACCUCAGUUCCCAGGGUAACAGCAUCAUGUACAGUACAAGAAGAAGCACAGAAAAACAGUGCAUUGCUUACAAAUUCUAACCCACUGACACCACUCUCCAAAGAAACAAAAACCUACAUGUUAUCUUUUCAUCAAAAGGAUUCUAGCAGAUCAAAUGAGCAGUCUAAGGACAUUGUGCAUGCUGGAAAAUUAAGCAAGGAGCACUUGCACAGUCAAGGCACUGAAGGAACGAGGUUACAGUCUAGCCCUACUGUGACUACAGGAAAUGAAUACCCUUGGUCAAACUGUUCAGAGAAAACGCCAGUUACUAAAGUGACCUCAGCAGAUUUUCUGAGAAGCAAUAGAAUACAAACAGGAAAGCAUUUUGAAGGAACCCCAUGUUCUGAUUCUGCUGCAGAUCUAAAGGUUAAUCCAGAAGUAUCCAACAAUUUGUUACUUGGAAUGAUUGAGAACACUCAAACUAUAGGAGAACCUAGAAAUAUAUUUAAUGACAAGUCUGCUGACACUAAACAUUAUCACCCUACAAGUAUUAGUGAAGGGAUCCGUCCUCCAUCUAAUAAGAUCCAGCCUGAUAGUCACAAAAAAGAAAUGCAUACUUCACAAAAACAAGAAAUCCAGGGAUAUUUAGAAUCUGAUUACCAUGUGGGUAAGGAUCCUGAUGAAAAUCUGGUCUCAUCCUUGUCAGCCAGUUCUCAGGAAUGUAAUGAGCUCUCGUCCUCUAUUAUGUCAUCUACAUUGUCAGGAAGUCCAGAAAGCAAGCAGGAAAAUCUGAGGUGUCCAAAGUGCAAAAAGGUCUACAAACAAAGGGUGAAGAAUCUGUUUCAAAAGCAUGUCCUGCAGUGUGGAAGUCACACUAUGCAGAAAGGUGGUGAUGGGAACAAAACUCAGGACAAUGAUUCAAACAAAAGGAGGUACCCCCGACGAAGUGCCCGUGCACGCUCAACUACUUUUUUUGGGCUGACUCCCUUUUAUGGGGUAAAAUCAUAUGGUGAAGAAGAUUUUCCAUUCUAUCGCGAUUCUUAUGGGAAAAAACAAGGAGAGCAGUCAGCUCAAGGACAGGUAGAUGGAGCUGAUGAUCCAAUUACCUCAUCUGAUGAAGAUGUUGAAUACUAUUACAAUUUCACAAGAACAGUUAUCACAUCUGAUAGCGAAGGAAGACUUGAGCCAUGCACUUUCUGUGAUGGUGAGGAAGAUUGCCACAUACCCAGGAUAAGUCAACUUGAUGGUGCUGAUGAUGGCGCAGAAAAUGAUGUUAGUGUAACCACAACAGCAAGGAAAGCAACAGAGAUAAACAAAUUAAAAUCCAAAGAAAAUGGAACUGAAAGCCUCGAUGUUGAAGGAGCAAUUAACACUGGUACUGUUGAUGCAGGGAAGGAGAACCAUGGUAUUAAAUCAGACUCUGAACUGAAAGGUAAUGAUUCAAAAUUAGAUAACUGUCUUCCACUAAGUAGAGUGAAGUCUCGGGGCCAAGACUCCCUAGAGGAAGUUUCUCUUACCUCAUUAGACACUCCAAGGCGAGAACACUCCAACACACCUUCUGAGAAGAAUUUGCUGGAUAAUUUCAAUACAGACUUGUUGAAGGCUGCUAAUGAUUCAGAUAAUAAUAACAGUGAUGAUUGUGGCAAUAUUCUCCCAUCUGACAUUAUGGACUUUGUUCUGAAGAAUACCCAGUCUAUGCAAGCACUAGGAGAAAGCCCAGAGUCAUCAUCUUCUGAGCUUAUAACACUGAGUGAGGGUUUAGGUUUGGUUAGUAACAGAGGAAAGGACAUGGGUAGUCUGUUUGAAGUGUUUUCCCAGCCGUUGCCUAGCACAGAACCUGUAGAAAGUGUUGUUUCAGCCUCCAUUCCUACUGAGGAGCCAUUUGAAUUGCCGCUUGAGUUGCCAUCAGACCUUUCAGUUUUAACAACAUGCAGCCCAACUGUUUCUAACCAAAACCAUGGUAGCUUGACUAUUAUUUCAACAGCCCAUCUGAUUCCAUCGGAAGAUCAAGCAGUACUAAAUUUACCUGCCUCUAAGACGAUGGAAAAGCAGGAGACAGUGACUGGGGAGAAAUCCGUGACAAGGAAUGAAUCUGAAGUUUCCUUGUUAGGGAACCAAGUAGAACCAUCUGGAGAAAGUCAUAUGGCAUCAGAUCAGUUCACACAAAGCCACAUAGAUACUGAUGAGCUAACUUCCUCAAACUGCACUCAGGUGGAGCAAGGUCUUAACAACCAUAAUCGGGCAGAGGUUGUUGCAAGCUCUCCAAUUAUCCUUGCAGUAUCUGUUUCACCUUCCAUACUACCCCAAGGUCAGAAAUAUGUCACGAGUCCAGAUAGUUCUGGAUCCGUAUCCAACACAAAUUCCACAACAGAGACUGCAACACCACUCCCUAAACCAGGAUCUGAAAAUCUCAUUGUUGUCAAUCAACAUGGACAGCCUUUGUAUGUUCUCCAGACAUUUCCCAGUGGAGUUACACAAAAAGUAAACCUGACACCUUCAAUAGGAACUGCACAAGCAUCUGUAGAGGCCAACAACACAAUUCUUGGGCAGAAUAUUUCUGUGGGAUGUAGCCCAGAUUUGGCAACUGGUUUAAAUGUUAGCUUGCCAGCUUCACAGUUGACAUAUACCUCUGCUAGCAUGACCAAUAGCAAUGGGUUGAUGACUUUAUCACAACCCCCUCAGUUACAUUCCUUUGUGGGAUCUCCCCUGACAGCAUUUCAGCCCAGCAGUGGCAUCUCUCCCUCCAGCCUCCUUAUUGGGAUCCAGUCACCUCAGGAUCCUCAGCUUAUAAGUUCAGAGCCCAGUCAGAGGCCAGAGCUUGUCACUGCCAUGACUUCUAAUCCAGGAACCAUUCAAGUCAAGAAAAAGCCAAUAAACCGGCUGCUUUCUAAAAAGGGUAAGAAACUAGUACCGUCAUACCAGCAAACUUCAAGCUCUUCAGAAAUUGUUCCUAACAUGACUUCAGCAAACUUCCCACCAUCACAAGUUCCUGGAGCGGUCACCAACCAGUCCGGAUUAAUGGAUUUAGGAGCACUUGCAAACACAAGACCCCAGCGAACAAUUCCAAACAUAAUCAAGCAUCCAAAAUCUGCUGUGAUGUAUUUUGAGCAGGCACCUUUAGCUAUACCUCAGCUUCAGCAAACACUGGGGGUAGUUGGUUCCACAAACAUUAUUGGUCCAGAAAGCACUCAUUUAGCAGCUGGAAAUGUGUCAGAAUUGGGAUCAGGCCAAUCUGUUGUAAAUGUUGUAUCUAUGCAUGCAGCAACAACAGCAACCAGUGCUGCUGCUGUAACUGGGCAUAUUCUGGGUCAAAGUUCAGUCACCUUAGCUGCUCCCAUGUUACUAGGGACAACAGAUAUCGCUGGCUCAAUAAGCGAUCUAUUAAUCAAACCUUGUCAACAAAGUUUAGGUCAUUCAGAUCAAGCUGUAUCACUGUCCAGAGCAGGAAUGCUUCAACAUCUAGAACCAUCACAUAACCCUAACAAUGGACCCCUGUCUCCAACACAGAGCGUAUGCCUACUGCCUUCCACCUCAGCAGACAUUCUACCAGUUGUACCAAGUCCACCCAACCUGGAAGGGAACUGUCAACUCCACCAUCUAGGUAGUCAACUAUUACCAAGCAAAUGUGUAGCAACAACUGUCCAGUUAGGUGCUGUUUGUAUUUCAGGUGGCCAGCUAUCAACUACCACAUUGAGUGUGUCAUCUAGUGUCAUGAACAAGUCAGUUGUAAUUUCAAACACCAGCAUGGCUUCGGCAGCUCCAGUAACUAAUGUGUUUCCCUCCGCCAUGGACCUGUCUCUUGUCAGUAGUGUGCCUUUAGUACCUCCAGACUCUCCAAGAACCAAGCCCAGGGUAAAACGGAUAUCAUCAUAUUCUGACAAAGCAAGCUAUAGAAAGCACAAGGUGUUUCAUAUCAUGAAUGAAUCUUGUGGAGGUCAUCAAGCUAUUCAGGAGUCUGAUUUGGCCAAUGUGUCCCUAUCCUCUAGUGCAGGUCAUAUGGAACAGGCACCAAUAUUGCAGCCCAUGAUAUCAGUGAACACAGCAAUCUCAAAUACAGAAGGACAAGAUGACUUUGUCACCGAAUCUAAAAGUUCAGAUGAUGAUGACACCUUUACUUCUCCACUACUUGCUUUGCUUGAGCAAGAAGAAAAGAGAAGAGCGAUCAGGAGUGAGAAGAAAUCAAGCAAAGGCCUUCUAUUUCAAAUCACAAGUGAUGAUGGUUUUCAGAUCCAGUGUGAUAACAUUGAAGAAGGGUGGAAGAUGUUAACAGAUAAAGUGCAGGAAGCUCGAACUAACGCCCGUCUGAAACACAUAUCAUUUUCUGCGAUAAAUGGCCAGAAAAUGCUGGGCAUUUCCCAUGAUGCAGUGGUGUUCCUGAUUGAACAGCUUUAUGGUGCAAAACGUUGCAAGAAUUACAGCUUCAAAUUCCAUAAACACCUGGAAGUAGAUGAGCUUCCUAUCAAUCCACAUGGUUCAGCAAGGGCUGAAAUACACCAAAGGAAGUCACCAUUUGAUAUCUUCAAUUUCUUGGCCUCAAAACAUCGGCAGCCACCAGAUUAUUGUCCCAAUGAGGAAGAGGAAGAGGAAGUGCAGCUAAAAUCAGCACGACGGGCAACCAGCAUGGAUCUUCCUAUGGCCAUGCGAUUCCGGCACUUGAAAAAAACAUCAAAAGAGGCAGUUGGUGUCUACUGGUCACCAAUCCAUGGACGGGGUCUUUUCUGUAAGCGAAACAUUGAUGCAGGUGAGAUGGUCAUCGAAUAUUCGGGUACUGUCAUUCGGUCUAUCCUCACAGACAAACGAGAGAAAUAUUAUGACAGCAAGGGGAUUGGCUGCUACAUGUUCCGUAUUGACGAUUAUGAGGUGGUGGAUGCCACAAUGCAUGGAAAUGCAGCUCGUUUCAUCAACCAUUCUUGUGAUCCCAACUGUUAUUCCCGUGUGAUAAAUGUGGAUGGGCAAAAGCACAUUGUUAUUUUUGCUGUACGAAAGAUCUUCCAAGGUGAAGAGCUGACAUAUGAUUACAAGUUCCCAAUUGAAGAUGCUAGCAACAAACUUCCGUGUAACUGUGGAGCAAAGAAAUGCAGGAAGUUCUUGAACUGAUUAAGUCUUGUGGGGGGUUUGCAAAAAUCCUUAAUGAGUGACUGCCAUGAUAUAAUAGGGUUACUAGGGGGAAAUAAAAAUUCAGGAAUGAAAAUUUUCGGAUUCUUGGACUCCAGUGUGAAACAAUGUAUUCUUGAACACUAGUGGCAAAAUACUAUUUAAGUGUUUUCCUGCAUACAAACCUGUUUCAAAAAAUCACUGUGAAUAAUUAGAGAAGUGCACAUUAGUGUGUUAACCUGUUGCAGCCUGUUCCAUUCCAAAAAUAUACAGUUUUGUGGUUGAGAGGCAACGAUCCUGAGUAAAAUAAAUUUUACAGUCAAUUAUAGCAGAAGAACAACAAACUUAUAUGGAAUUAGCAGGUAGUAAGUUGAAUCUCAUCUCUGAAAGGCAAAGGUUAAGAUCAAACUAAUCAAAAAAGUAACCACUUUAACAUUAAUGCACCAGAAAAGUAGAGGAAAUACAAGGAGAAUACAGAGUUAAUCUUUGACCUAAAGAUUUUAACCUGGGAGUAGAUCGUUCUUUGCAAUUUUGAAUAUAGGAAAUAGAAUGUUUUCAUAAACUUGUCCAGUGCUCAACAGGAGAACUGCUAUAAGGAUGGUAAGGAAGAUAAGGAGGAUCAUGACAGUAUCUGUGCAGCUUUUGAGAAGGUGUCUAGUCCCUUACAGUAACUCCGAUCUGUCAAAUUCAUUCCUUUCCUGUGGCAGUUAUCUCAGAUUUUAAGGUUGUAAGACAUUGAUUGGACUCUGAGUCAUUUGGAUUGGCAGAAAAAGGAUUGAAAUUCGGCCUAUUGGGUUCAUUAAAUUUUUUCCUUCGUCUAGUAACUACUGCACUUGCUAAGUUUUUCAAAGCUUUAUGGAGUCUAAUGGAAAGAUGUUAACCAUAAGCACAAGAAAUUCUGCAAAUACUGGGACUUUCGAGCAAAACACAGGAAGUGAUGGGGGAUCUCAACUGGAUAGGCAACAUCUAUAGAAAGGAAUAUUACUCUGAAAUAUAGACCUCCAUAUUGAUAGUAAAGAGCUGCUCAUGUGCACUCAAAUUAGUAGUCUUGAAAACUGCAUGUGUUUUGUACACCUAGCUGGUAUUGAUAAUUACACUGCCUGUUUAAAGUCCAUGAGCUAUGCAAAAUGUACUAAUUCAUGAUCAGACUCUUAAACUUUAAAUGGUACUCAUGGAUUAGUAAUGGGGGAGGAAAAAUCGAGCCUUUCAGCAAUAUAACCAUAUAAAUUUAUGGUUUGUUUGUUUAUUGAUGUUUCCAGAUCAAUAGAAAUAAUGUAUAACCUUAAUUGUGUGAAGAUGGGAUAACUACGGAAGGUAGAUUUUAAAAAUCUCUAUCUAACCUUAAUAAAAUCCAAACUUGCCAUAAACCUGCAAAAAGUCAUUCUUAAUUUCAUAAAUGUUAUUACUACUGGAAUAUCGAAUGGCACAUAGAUGAAUAUUGACAGGGUUAAAAGCUUAAGUCUAUCAGUGUAGUGAACAAUCACUGAUUUAGAAAGUUGGAAAAAAUAACAAUCAGAAUUAUACUGAAUUAUAAGUUUGGAGGCAUACUUCCUCAGAGGAAAUUUUUUUUGUGUAAUUCAUGAUUAAAAAUAUUAACUGCUAGAAUUGCUGAUCCCUGGAAAACGGGCAAUUUUUUUGACGAAAUGAAUGCAUGUCAGGGAGGUUUCUGGAAGUGUCUUUAAAGACUUCAACGCACCCCCUCCCCAUUCUUUGCAUAGUGCAAUACCUAGUAUGUUUGUACAAUAAUGUAUCCUGUUUGUCAGGUUACAGCUGUAUUUCAUGAUUCCUAAAAUUCAUAUUGUAGUUCUAUCUCAUGUAUUCUGUUAUCCUGAUCAAAGAUAUGUUCGCUCUUUUAUUUAGGUUCACAUUUUUUCCAAAAUGGAUAAUCAGGAUGUUAUACUUCAUUUAAAGGAGCACAAACUUUGUUCAAAUUGAAAAAUGCCAUUGUUAAAUCUCCCACCCUUCAUUUCUGUUUUCCUCCUCAGUAAUAAUUUACAGCCAAGCAAGCUGAUCGAAGGAAGAUUAUCAGAACUUUCUUUCUCUUGGUAAUUCUAUUCAGUUACACAUCUGCACAAGUACUGGAGUUUUUUUCUUUUUAUAUUCAUUUAGUUGCUGCUACUAUUUAAUGACAUCUCUAAUAACUGCCUUUUGGGAUCAUGUUCUUUGUUGCUACAAUAUCAGUUUUUAUCCACAAACGGGUAUUAACCCUACCAUAGGAAAGGAUAGAGAUGGCUAAUGAAGGACAGUGUACUAGUACAUGAUUGAAUCACCAGGGCAGCAUACCUACAGUGCAAAAAGGCACCCAGUCUUAAUGUGGUGCUAAUGUUCAGGUAAUGAGGUUUUAAAUGGAUGGGUGGUAUAGGUGGGGGGUGAGUAGUUCUGACCUCAUGAAGACAAAUAUAUGCUGUGCUAUUGAUAACUGGAUGGAUGAAUAAUGAUAUCUAGCUGAAAGAUUUGUUUUAUCAUUAUUUUAAUUAAGUUUCAUUGUUGCCAAGAGCUACAGGCAGAUUUCAUGACAGAAAAGAAACCUUGAUAAGCAGUGUAUAAUUUGCUCUGCAAUUCCUAGCAUGCUCAACUUUCUAAGCUGUAGGGUAUUUCAAAAAGGGGAAAAUCUGUUAAUUAUUUAUUACUGAUACAUUGCUCUUUUUAUAUAACCAUAUAACAAUUACAGUAUGUUGUGCUAACUUUUCACUUUAAAUCAUUGAAGGAAUAUAUGAAGCAACAAGUUGUCUCAGUUAAAAUAUUGAUGAAAACAAUGAUCAGAUAUUGUUAGCGCUAUUUUAAAUCCAUGGGUUAUAACUAGGUGCCUGAAGUGGAUUUAAGAAUGAGUCUGCCUUAACAUUUUAAGUAAACAUAAGUGGUUUCCCAUUCAAAAGACUAGUUUAGCAAUAAUGAUGUUUCUUGUAUCUUUAUAAAGUCCUUGUUCACCUUCCUUGUUUCCACAUUGAUUUAGUAAGAAUGCUGCAUUAAAUAAAAAUAGUACAUCAACCCUGAGCAGAAUUACUCUAUUCUCAGAAAACAAGGCCCCUCAUGCUCAAAUUACAAGAGGCUUAACAAGAUUUUUAAAGAUGGAGCCGUUGGUAUUCUUAAAAAAUGCAGUGUUAAUUUUUGAGUGUGGGUCCCAGCCAUUUGGCUCUGUAGUCCUUACCCUUCCCAAACAUAAAUCCUCUUUAUGUGCCAUUUCAUGAAAAGCUGUAGUGAUCCAUUCAGAAGCAGGGAGUGGUGAACCUUUAGGUUGACUCUUCAUUCUUCCAAAAAAAAAUGCUUUUUGCAAUUUGUUUCAACUUAGAAAUUCAUAGAUUUUAAAUAGUACUCUUUGUCUAGUUGGUUCAUAGUGGGAUUUGUAUAGAGAUUAUGGGUAAUAAGUUAAAACACUGAACAACAAUUAAUGUAGAUGUUAUUUCCAAGCAGCAAUUUAUAAAUUUGAAACUGUUGGAAAUAGAGAAAACUUGAAUAUAAUUGUAUUUAAAAAUAAUGAGAUGAAUAAAAGAUAGGAGGUAGCAUUUAAGAAAUAAAUAACUGAAAUAACACAGCAGAGUAUCUGUACCAAAGCCUUGCUUCUUAGCAACAGAUGAUUCAGUGGAGUUCUUGUUAUUUGUCAUUCCCCCUUUGGAACUAGUUCGCCACCCUUUUGAUUACAGACAGCAGUAGAGUAUGAUAUUGAAAGCCCUACAAAAAUUAUGAGGGUUUUUGCUCUUCUGUCCCCUCUCCUGAGUAAGUAAGUAAGUAAGUUAGACUAAUGAAAUGGAACUUAAAAUUACUUUUCAGAAUAUAUAUGCUCAUGAAUGACAUUUUCCACAUAAUUUUCACUCCAAUUUCUGAACGGAGAUAUCGCAACUGAAUAAAAAGCCAUUUCGGUCAAUGUGGCCUCAUUUUUGAGAUUGAUGAUUAUAAACACGGAGUGCUAAUUAUGUAUUCAUGAAUGGCAGUAGCAAGAUGAUCCUCCUAAGGCAAAGUGAUUCCUUAAUGUACCAUGUAUCUGUCAAAACUAUUUGCAGGGAUACCAAGUGCAUUCAUUACAACAGUCAUGAGGCUUGAUCUUCAGUUGAAGCACCAAAAGUUUUGUAAAAUAACUAUACUUACACUGCUGUUGGCCUCUUGAACUAUUUUGUAGGGAUCAUUCUGUACAGUUGAUUUCUUUAUAGAAAGGUUUGUUUUUUUGCCUCGAGGUUGUGGUGUUGCCUCACUUUAAAUGGAUUCUACUUGGGUUCCAGAACAUUCAGACCUGGGAACAAGUCUGUAACUGUCAUUAGCAAUUAACAACAAGUGACACUUUUUCCACUUUCUUAACAGUCACUGUUCUUUCUUUACUGGAGGGCUCCACACAAGGUGGAAAAUUAAUUCUGGUCACUGUGGAACAAUUUGUGUUCAAACCCUUGUGCAACAGACAAGGGAGACUAUAGUAUUGCUUUGAGAAUUGUAACAGUAUCUUUUGCAAUGUAACAGUAGGACAUAGCAGUUUAAAGAUGAAUGUAGUUUUUUAAUGAGUGAACUUAAUGCAAUAGUUAUAAAUGACUUAUGAUAAAACUUAAAUAUAUAAUUCCAUGUGAAUAAGAAGUGGUUAACUUGAAGGGCUGGUUCUCAUCUAUUUAGUAACAAUUUCAAACCAAACAAUGCUUAUGAUAAAUUUGCAGAGACCAUUAUGUCUUAGUUUUAAAUACAGAGUUUUGGAUCUUAGUUAAAAAAAAAUGGGAGAUAGUGAUUGUUUACAGAGAUUAAUGCUUUGGUGAUACCCAAAAUUUUAAGAUAUUUAAACACUUCUCUUUUUUAAAAAUUUUCUCAAUGGAUAGUUGACAACAGGGUUACUGGAUGGGAAGUACAGUAUUUAAGUUAUUUUUGUUUAAAUUGGGGUACAUAUCAUGUCUGUACAAUUCUGUUCCUUGUGACAUGAUUCUCUUACCUAAUACCCUUACCAGAACAGAACUAAAUUUAUUUGUAUAUUUCUCUGUUAAUGUAAAUUUAUUUUUGAAUCUCUUUGAGAUGAUUACACAAAGAUGGGGUAGAUGUAAGAUGUUAUGGUUCAGGCAAACCUUAAUUGAGAAAUUUAUGUUUUAUUCAUGAGGAGGUUAAUUAUGUCCUUUAAUUUUUUCAUUUUUGCAUUCCUGUAAAUUGUUAUUUUUUACAUGAUAUGAUUAUUUUUCAUUGUAAAAUUUUGUCUUUACUAUUGGAUCUGUGUUAAAGAAUAUGGUAAUGAAGGUAAUUUUAAUUAAGGAAAACAAAGCUAUGCUAGACAAUGAAUGUAAAAAUGUAUAUUGUAAAAAUGUUUCUAAGCAUAAUUUUCUAUGCACUUUUUUUAUUUAAGUGAUAGUUUAAUUAAUAAAUGU